GCCGCCAUGCGUAAGGCCAAGCGCAACCAGCGUGAUGAGCCAUGCAGGUGCUCCCUGCGCCGCUGCCUCUGGUGCGGGGUUCCCGGGCUGGCGGCGGCUGGUCUGCUGGGCGUGGCGCUGUCUCCAGUGCACACUGGAGAGCUCGUAGCGGCCGUGGUGCUGGACGGCACGCAGUCGGGCGAAGGGCUGUGGAAGACCACGCCGGGCCGCCCGGUGCGCUUCGUCAGCGUGCCCCUGAACGGAGGGGAGGAGGUCGCCGAGCUGCUGGGGCUCCCCGCGGAGAUGCCGGGCGGCGCGUGCCGCCCGCCGGGGCCGCCGCUGGCGGCCGGCGGCGCCGGAGGCCGCGGCCUGGGCGAGAGCUUCUGCAUCGUGCAGGACCCAGACCCGUACGAGCGCAUGAUCGCGCAUUUCCGGGCCUCGGUGAGGGGCAGGCCGAUGCAGCCGAAGGGCUGCCUGGACGACGGCCUGGACGCCUUCGUCAACCGGACGCUGAACGGCACCGCCGCCGGCGCCGGGGGGGGCGGCGCCUGCCGACCGUGGCCGCAGGCGGGCUACGUGCGCGGCUGCGCCCGGCGGCUGCGCCUCGAGCUGCUCCCGCGGGAGCUGAACGACUUCCUCGAGGCCCAGGCGCGUCUCCGAGAGAGACCCGACAUAAUGAAGACUUGUGCUAUGCUGUCGCCGCGCAGCCUCACCUCAGCCUCACGGGCUCUCAUCGAGGCGGCCUUCGAGGAGGACUUCUCGCUAGUAGGUGCAACACGCUUGCGCGAUCCAGAGUUCAUCCACAUCCCGCGAACUGGAGGCACCACCGUGGAGGCCGUCGCCUUUCGCUACGUGCUGUGGGGCGGCAACCAUCCUAUGAUGCAUUCCAAGCGCAGCAGAUCGGAGGCGUCCCCGGCCGCAAGUGCUACAAGCUGCACCUCCCGCCCUCCCAGAUGCCGCUGGUCUACGAGGAGGAGACGUUCUGCGUGA